CUCUACUAUAUAUACAAUCCAACAUUUUUCCUUUCACCAUACAAAUCUCUUUCUCUCCCUCCAUUUUCACGGCAUUCGAACAUUCAUCAAAGGCUCUCUAAUAGUCUCGAUUGAUUUUUGUAACUAAUCACUUUGAUUCGAUUGGUUUCAUUUUGUCUAAUAAUCUGUUUUUGCAGGGUUUUGCUUUGUGCUUUAUAUUUUUCUUCUUCUUUUCGUUUGUGCCAUUUUCCAUAUCGUUUCCUGUUCUUCUCUAUUUUUGGUUUUUUCUUUCUUCCCCUAACUAUGGAUGCAGGAUCUUUGAGUUCUUCCGGAACCCUCAAAACACGAUCACGCUACCCUCUUCAAGAGCAAUUUAUUCAAAGAAAGAGUUCCAAAGAAAAUCUGGAUAGAUUCAUACCAAAUCGAUCGGCAAUGGACUUUGAUUAUGCUCACUAUAUGCUUACCGAGGGGAAUAAAGGUAAGGAAAACCCAGAUGUGUGUUCCCCCUCUAGAGAAGCUUACAGGAAGCAGCUUGCAGAAUCCUUAAACAUGAACCGUACCCGAAUUCUUGCUUUCAAGAACAAGCCACCUGCACCAGUUGACUUAAUCCCUCACGAGAUGUCCACUCAUACCCACGAUAAUAAACCAGCCAAGCCCAAACGAUUUAUUCCUCAGACUUCUGAGAAGACUUUGGAUGCUCCGGAUCUUGUGGAUGACUAUUAUCUCAAUUUGCUGGACUGGGGAAGCGCGAAUGUUCUUGCAAUAGCACUUGGAAGCACAGUGUACUUGUGGGAUGCAACAAAUGGUUCUACUUCAGAACUUGUUACAGUUGAUGAUGAAGAUGGCCCUGUGACAUCCCUUAGCUGGGCUCCUGAUGGACGGCAUAUUGCAGUUGGUUUGAACAACUCUGAAGUGCAACUAUGGGAUACAACUUCAAAUAGACAGUUGAGAACUUUGAGAGGUGGGCACAGGCAACGAGUUGGAUCUUUGGCAUGGAACAACCACAUACUCACAACUGGAGGGAUGGACGGUAGAAUUGUCAACAACGAUGUAAGAAUUAGAUCGCAUGUUGUUGAAACCUACAGCGGGCAUGAGCAAGAGGUUUGCGGGCUGAAAUGGUCAGCUUCAGGUUCACAAUUAGCCAGUGGAGGGAAUGAUAAUCUACUUUACAUCUGGGAUAGAGCUACAGCAUCUUCUAAUUCGGCAACGCAGUGGCUUCACAGACUUGAAGAUCACACAUCUGCUGUAAAAGCCCUCGCUUGGUGCCCCUUCCAAGGGAAUUUGUUGGCUUCCGGUGGAGGGAGUGGUGACCGUUGCAUCAAGUUUUGGAAUACCCACACAGGUGCAUGCUUGAACUCAAUUGACACUGGGUCUCAGGUAUGUUCCCUGCUGUGGAACAAGAACGAGAGGGAGUUACUCAGCUCUCAUGGUUUUACCCAGAAUCAGUUAACACUUUGGAAAUACCCCUCAAUGGUGAAGAUGGCUGAGCUCACUGGUCAUACCUCCAGAGUUCUUUUCAUGGCCCAGAGUCCGGAUGGUUGCACAGUAGCAUCAGCAGCGGCAGAUGAAACACUGAGGUUUUGGAAUGUGUUUGGAGCUCCGGAAGCAGCAUCUAAGGCUGCACCGAAAGCCAGAGCCGAGCCAUUUUCAAAUGUGAAUCGUAUACGAUAAGGAAGCAGUAUUUGUUGCCACUGCAAGCACUUGACGGCGAUGGAUGGCACUUUACUACAUACAUCUACAAUACAGUUAAUUACGUUUUGCUGGCAUCUGGAAUGGUUUGUUGUAUCCAAUAUAAUCACAAAACAAAGAGGGGCCAUAAACUGUGUCAAGUAAAGCAAUUACUGUAGGAGAGGUGAAAUUUAUGAGACUUCCAUGUACAUUAUUGUAACAUACCAUCAGUGGAAAAAACAACACUUUUCCCGUGGACGUAGUCACACAGACACAAGUGACGAACCACGUAUAUCGUUCUUCUUGCUGUUUCAGUUGUGCCACCAUUUUUUUAAAUAUAGUUUUGACACUCUCAGUUAGAA